AUGUGCGGGACCCCGUCCCCCGGGCACCUGCGGAGCUCAUGGGGGCAAGAGCUGCUGCAGUCAGUAUCAAGGAUGCAACUUCAAGAGACAGUCAAUAGGAAGUUGGAAGGCGCACGUUCACCUCUCAAUGGAGAACAGCAGAAUGGAGUUUGUGACAGGAGCUUUUCUCCAACCAGCAAACGGAUACGGAAGGACGUACCAGGCAUUGAGGCAAUCAACAGCUUGCCCAAUAAUUUGCCUUUGCCCGCUGUUUCUCCCCUUCACCAGCUUGACAUGAAAGCUCCCCUGCCCCUGCAAAACAGUGGAACUCAUGGUGGUGGUCUAGAAGACUUGGGUAAAAAUGGUGGGCUUUCUGAGAUAAAGCUCCCCAUUAAUGGUUGCAACGAGCUCGACGAUAGUUUUAACAUCCUGCAGAGCAAGGAGCUAAAGCAAGAGCCUUUGGACGACCCCAGCUGCAUAGACACUUCUGAAACAUCUCUUUCAAAUCAAAACAAGCUUUUCUCAGACAUUAACCUGAAUGAUCAAGAGUGGCAGGAACUAAUAGAUGAACUAGCAAACACCGUUCCAGAAGAUGAUAUACAAGACUUGUUCAACGAAGACUUUGAAGAGAAGAAGGAGCCGGAAUUCCCCAGGCCUGCCACAGAGACGCAGGAGAGUGCAAGCGUGAAAAGCGAUCCAUCUCAUUCUCCAUUUGCUCAUGUCCCAUUAGGAUCUCCUCAGGUGAGACCUUCUUCUUCUGGUCCUCCGUUUUCAAAUGUCUCUACAGCCUCUAGCAUAGCUUCCGUGUCCAGCGCCCCGCCAGCCCCAGUCGGCUCACCAGCAAACUGUGCUGUUCAGUCACCUCCAACUCCCAGCCAGGUCCACGCUCCAGGCCAGGCGCAGACGCGGUCUGGAAAUGGCUAUCUUAUGAACCCAGCAGCAGUGGCAACUGUGGCGGGAUCAGGGCCAGGGCCAGUGAACAUGCCAAGCGCCGACUUGUCUCCAGCUGAGCAGCUCAAGCAAAUGGCAGCCCAGCAGCAGCAAAGAGCUAAGCUCAUGCAGCAGAAGCAGCAGCAUCCAAAUCAAGCCUCAAGCUGGUCACCUGUGGGCCCUCCAUCUAGUCCAUAUGGAGGACCCUUCAGUGCAGACAAACCAAAUAGUCCAAUGAUGUAUCCCCAAGCCUUUAACAACCAAAACCCAAUAGUGCCUCCUAUGGCAAGCAAUCCGCAGAAGACCACGAUUAAUAACUACCUCCCUCAAAAUCACAUGAAUAUGAUCAGUCAGCAGCCAAAUAACCUGGGCACAAACUCUUUAACCAAACAGCCCAAUAUGCUUUCUUACGGCAACACCAAACCUCUGACCCACUUCAACGCUGAGCUGAGUCAGAGGCUGACCCCACCGAUGGCAAAUUCUAGCAAGAACCCCAUGAUGCCGUACAUCCAGCAGCAGCAGUCCCAGCAGCCGCAGAUGCAAGCUCAGAUGACGCACCUGAGCGAGGAACAGAAACGCAUGCUCAUCAUGAAGCAGAAAGGAAUGAUGAACCAGCCCAUGGCAUAUGCAACACUUCCUUCCCUUGGUCAGGUAAGCGCGAGCGCACGAUAUGCGGGCAACCAAAAGGAGGCUGUUGCAAAGGCUUAG